CGCGCGCCUCUCGACACCGUCGACGAAACCCGCGUCAAGCAGCCGACAGACCUCGUCGACUGCCUCAUCCGACCUCCCGGAUCUCGUGCGUCCCGCGCACGCGUUCACCGAGCGCCGUCGCGCCCGCGAACCUUCCUCAUCUUUCUUCACGGACCCGGAAAAGCUUCCGGCUGCAUUCCGCCACGGCUACUUGCAAGAUGCUCGCCGCCAACGUCGCGACGACGCCCGCGCGCCUCUCCGCGCGACGCGGGUCCGUCGUGGGUAAUCGUUGCGCGUCGCUCACAGCGGCGCGCGUGCCCGUUUUGACCCGCGCGCCCCGUUCGCGCGCGCUCAUCGUCCAGUCUAGCAACGACUGGCCAGCCCCAGCCUUGGUUCAGGGUCCCCCGGGGCUCGACCGCCAAGUGGCGCAACACCAGGGCGGCGGAAGCCUGGAGCGCGAGCGCAUGGAGAUCAUGGAGAAGGCGGCCAAGCUCGCGAACAUCAACCCCAACGAUCCGAAGUCGCUCGAGGCGAUCGGUUCCAAGGUGCAGUGCCGCGUCCAGUUCAGGAUCGGCUACCAGACCCAGGUUGGCGAGGAUUUGUUCAUUGUGGGCUCGCACAAGAAGAUGGGGGAGUGGAAUCAGCACCACGCGCUGCCCAUGCAGUGGUCGGACGGGGGUAACUGGUUCACGGAUCUGGAGCUUCCCGCCGGAGGCGUGGUGUUUUACAAGUACGUGGUGAAGCAGGCGAACGGUGCGUACAGGUGGCAGGAGGGGGCGAACAACCUGCUCGUGCUACCCGACGAGUGGGACAUCCCGAGGGAUUCCAUGUUUGUGGUGGACGACAACUUCAGCGGCCUCAGCCGGAGCUCGCAGAACAUGCUCGCGUCCAAGGUCAUCUCCUACGAGAAGGAGAUCGUGCAGCUCCGUUUGGAGACGGUCAAGGCGAAGGAGAUGACGAAGGCGUCGCUGAAGGAGCUCCUGCUCACGAGGGAGGAGCUGGAGGAGGCCAACUCGAAGCUCGACCACUACGAGAGAAACGUCGCAACCGUCAUCGCGUCGAUGCAGCACCAGCAGGACGAGGCUAACAGCGGGGCUCGAUACGGAGAGAACGCGCGCUGAGGAGGUGGAGACGUGAGACGACUAGAAACCCAUUUGUUUUCAAGCGCCAACGGCAGAAUAUCGCCGCUCGCGCCUUGUCCUUUGUAAUACAGCAGACACAAUCAAGUC